CUGGAGGAGGCGGCCCGGGAGCGGGACCGCCUGGAGCAGGCGCUGCGGCGGCGGGAGAGCGAGCACGAGAGGGAGGUGCGGAGUCUGUGCGAGGAGAUGGAGCAGCAGCUUCGGGAGCAGCGCCAGCACCUGCGGGCUCAGGACCUCCCGCGCGAGAAGCCGAGGGGCCCCCUGGAGCUGGAGCUGCACCGGUGCGAGCAGGAGCUGGAGGGCGCGGGCGCCCGGCAGCGGGAGGUAAGCGCUGCCCGCAGGCUCGGGGCGCUGGCCGCCUGGGGCCACCCGGGUCACCCAGCGCCGGGCAGUGCCGUGCGCCCGAACCUGUGUGAGGUCCUGCGGUUGCUGGGAGUCAGGGGCCAACGCAGCCUCCCAGAGAAGUGGGGCCCUCUGGAGCCUCGAUCCCGCACCUCUGCAGCUGGAGCACUGGCUGGCCUGGCUGUCAUGGCAGUGGGCAUCUGGACGCUGGCCCUGAAGAGCGACUACAUCAGCCUGCUGGCCUCAGGCACCUACCUGGCCACGGCCUACCUGCUGGUGGUGGCUGGCAUUGUCGUCAUGGUGACCGGGGCCCUGGGCUGCUGUGCCACCUUCAAGGAGCGACGAAAUCUGCUGCGCCUGUACUUCAUCCUGCUGCUGCUCAUCUUCUUGCUGGAGAUCAUUGCCGGGGUGCUGGCCUAUGUCUACUACCAGCAGCUGAAUGCUGAGCUCAAGGAGAACCUGAAGGACACCAUGACGAAGCGCUACCACCUGGGGGGCCACGAGGGCGUGACCAGCGCAGUGGACAAGCUGCAGCAGGAGUUCCGCUGCUGUGGCAGCAACAACUCCCAGGACUGGCGGGACAGUGAGUGGAUCCGCUCAGGUGAGGCUAGUGGCCGGGUGGUGCCGGACAGCUGCUGCAAGACGGUGGUGCCGCACUGCGGGCAGCGGGACCACGCCUCCAACAUCUACAAGGUGGAGGGCGGCUGCAUCACCAAGCUGGAGACCUUCAUCCAGGAGCACCUGAGGAUCAUCGGGGCCGUGGGCCUGGGCGUGGCCUGCGUGCAGGUCUUUGGCAUGAUCUUCACCUGCUGCCUGUAUAAGAGCCUGAAGCUCGAACACUACUGAGCCUGCGCCCCUGCCCCACUGGCCACUCUGCUCCGUGCCCCAGCCGCUGCCCCCCACCGUGUGCCACCACUCCGGGGGGCCCUCCCCCGCGAGCGUCAAGUGCC